AUGACGGGCCUGCUGGCGCCCCUCACGCCCUCCAACAUGAUCUCACCCACAGCCCUCGCCUCUCUCACUUCGUCCUCCAUGCUGGCCUCGCUAGGGGCGCAGCAGGCGUUGGCCAAGGCCUCCACUACCACCACCACUACCAGUUGCAGCAGUAGCAGCAACAACAACAGUAGUAGCAGCUCCAGCAAAAACCGCAAUGGCAGCAAAGGCAUUAUCAUCAGCGGCAGCAACAGCAGCAGCAGCAGCAGCGCCCUCAGCAGCAGCCCGUCUAGUCAGCACGCCCUGCCGCUGCUGUACACCCUGAAGAGCGGUCUGCUGAGCCCCGAGGCGGCCAAGGAGGUGUACGAGCAGCUCAAGAUGCACCCCCACCUGGCCUCCCUGUCAGGCCUCGACACCCUGCACGGCCUCUCCUCCCUCGGGGCCUCGGCGGGCCUGCACACCCUGGCCGGCUUGCACUCCCUCUCCUCCCCCCACUCCUUCCCCGCGCUCUUCCCCUUCCUGGCCCAUGAGGGCGGCGUGGCGGCCCUCGGCGCCAAGGACUCCCACGAGGCGCGGGGCGGCCACAGCCCCCGGGAGGGCAGCCCCGAGGACCAGGGGGCGCUGAACCUGAGCAGCACCGCCAACUCCAGCGGGGACUCCCCCAAGCCCGCGGGGGGAGAGGAGAGAACCACCCCAGACUCCAGCACCCCUGCCGGCUACAACCCCCACGCCUGA